GCACGUACGUAUACGCGCGUGCACGCGCAUACAUGUCCCUAUACUACUACUAAUGGGGCUCCUCCUCAGCGGGCUGCAGCUGGGGAGCCUGCUCUCCCUCGCCAUCCUGGUGGUCAUCGGACAGUUCCACAGCCUUACUCCAGUGUGGGUGCCUCUCGUUGUGGUGCUGGCUGCCAGCAUCGUCGCUGCUCUCUUCACUCUCCUGUGGCAGAAACUGUUCACCAUAAUCUACACAUCUGUGUUUGGAGCCACCGCCGUGAUGCUGUGUGUGGAUUACCUGGUGGGGACGUUCACGCUGCCAGAUCAGGUGUACGAUAUGUUUUGCCAAGUGGCCCCACGUCCACUCUGCUGGUUUAACUGGGCGAUAGCUGGAAUCUGGCUUAUUAUGGGUCCGAUAGGUGUGUUGGUCCAGUGGGGGUUCACUGCCAAAGGAGUAUCACACACAGAAGCUGCAUACAAAAAACACAAGAAACAUGUUAAGAAGCACAGAUAUAGAGAGUCAAGGAGAAGACCUCAACCACAUCGUCGGCGCAGGCCUCCACCGCUGAAACGCUACGCUGGGGACGUCCUGGCGCCAAGUUAUCUCCAGAGCCUUCAGGAGCGCCAGAUGGAGACGGGCUCCUCCAGCAGCAGCGUCAGCACCGUCACACAUACUUUAAUUGACUUUGUCUUUGAGACGGGCUCAAUGGUGCCUCUGACAGCUGCCUCACCUGUCUAUACAGUUUGAAGGAACACAGCAAUCAGAUGUUUGUAACCUGCACCUAUUUGAUGAACCCAUUACGUGUUGCUGAUGAUUAGACAUUUCAUUGAAAACUUCACUUGAUACAGAAACAAUUCAACCGUGUUUCAACUGCCAGUGUGAAUCCACUUUGAUCAGCUUCUUCAGAUUAUCAUCAACAUGCGCAUGGAGAUAUUUCAGAUCCUCAGAUCAUCCCUAGAAUGAUGACAACACAACAUGCACAGUUAUCAGACUCGUGAUCAUCGCUUCCUUUGAAGAGUUUUAUCUCACAGACAAUUUGUGUUUUACAGUUAAGCUGUUUUCUUUCACAGGAUGGAAUAAAA